AUGUCAGCGGCUUCUCUUGGAUUGUUUCCCGGCCGACCAGCAAAGAUCUUCAUCAGAGUUGACAGUUGCGAAGGGGGUGUCGAUGCUGCCGCGAGCACGGCCCGUGCCAUCUCACAAAUUGUGGCAUCCAGACCUGUUUUACGUUUUUUUGGAGGUGACGCUGCCAGGCAGGCGGAGGGGAGUCGGUUGCUCUAUGAUGGUCAGGAUUUAGGCCAACAGUCCUCAGAUGCCACGAAGCUUAUUGUCGCAUCGUGCUUGACAGCGUUCCUCGGGAUCCUAUCUGCAUUUGCCACUUGCGGGGGCCUUAUCUACAUGCAGCAGCGCAUGCGGCCAACAUUUGGGCGCACCUUGCGGAAUCUAGCUCGGCGAAGGACCUCAGCAUUCCCGAAAUCAAUCUCCAUGAGGGUGCUAGUUGCAACAUUGAUUCAUCAACUGCAUCCGAGAAUAGUUGCAGCAAACGAUGGCCCGUUAGCCAGAAUCCUUACGGCGGGGAAUGAAGAGCUGCACUUUCUCACUGCAGAGCUUGCAAGGGCUCUCAUAGAAAUAGCUUGUAUUGCGCAAACAGUUAAGGCUCUAGAAUGGGCCACUGCUGUGAUAGAGGCAGCAUCAGAGGUGGGAUCUGCAUACCCAGUAUACUCAGUUGCAGUGGCGGCGUCCCUGACGAUUGGAGAUGAACAUGUGCCUGUGCGAAGAGCACUAGCCUUAGCACUAGAAGGUGAAGGUGCAGCAGGCUCUCCCCCACUGCUGCAUGUGCAGAUGGCCACCCUCAGCCGCAACGUCGGGACACGAAUAGAAGCAGUUGAGGCACUGGCCAGUUUAGGUGCAGCAGCAGAGCCUGCAGUAGGUGACCUGCAGACGGCCCUCAGAGACCGGGAUAAAGACGUGCGACGAGCAGCAGCUGAGGCAUUGGGCAGGUUAGGUGCAGCAGCAGAGCCUGCAGCAGGUGACCUGCAGACGGCCCUCAGAGACCGGGAUAAAGACGUGCGAGGAGCAGCAGCUGAGGCAUUGGGCAGCUUAGGUGCAGCAGCAGAGCCUGCAGUAGGUGACCUGCAGACGGCCCUCAGAGACUGGGAUGCGGACGCGCGACGAGCAGCAGCUGAGGCAUUGGGCAGGUUAGGUGCAGCAGCAGAGCCUGCAGUAGGUGACCUGCAGAGGGCUCUCAGAGACGGGGAUAAAGACGUGCGACGAGCAGCAGCUGAGGCAUUGGGCAGGUUAGCUGCAGUAGGUCACCUGCAGACGGCCCUCAGAGACCGGGAUAAAGACGUGCGACGAGCAGCAGCUGAGGCAUUGGGCAGGUUAGGUGCAGCAGCAGAGCCUGCAGUAGGUGACCUGCAGAGGGCUUUCAGAGACGGGGAUGAGGGCGUGCGAGGAGCAGCAGCUGUGGCAUUGUUCACGUUAGCUGCAGUAGGUCACCUGCAGACGGCCCUCAGAGACCGGGAUAAAGACGUGCGACGAGCAGCAGCUGAGGCAUUGGGCAGAUUAGGUGCAGCAGCAGAGCCUGCAGUAGGUGACCUGCAGAUGGUUCUCAGAGAUGGGGGUUGGCGUGUGCGACGAGCAGCAGCUGAGGCAUUGGGCAGGUUAGGUGCAGCAUCAGAGUUUGCAGUAGGUGCAAUGGGCAGGUUAGCUGCAGUAGGUCACCUGCAGACGGCCCUCAGAGACCGGGAUAAAGACGUGCGACGAGCAGCAGCUGAGGCAUUGGGCAGUUUAGGUGCAGCAGCAGCGCCUGCAGUAGGUGACCUGCAGAGGGCUCUCAGAGACGGGGAUGAGGGCGUGCGAGGAGCAGCAGCUGCGGCAUUGGGCAGGUUAGGUGCAGCAGCAAAGCCUGCAGUAGGUGACCUGCUGAGGGCUCUCAGAGACGGGGAUGAGGGCGUGCGAGGAGCAGCAGCUGAGGCAUUGGGCAGGUUAGGUGCAGCAGCAGAGCCUGCAAUAGGUGACCUGCUGAGGGCUCUCAGAGACGGGGAUGAGGGCAUGCGAGGAGCAGCAGCUGAGGCAUUGGGCAGGUUAGGUGCAGCAGCAGAGCCUGCAGUAGGUGACCUGCAGAUGGUUCUCAGAGAUGGGGGUUGGCGUGUGCGACGAGCAGCAGCUGAGGCAUUGGGCAGCUUAGGUGCAGCAGCAGAGCCUGCAGUAGGUGACCUGCAGACGGCCCUCAGAGACUGGGAUGCGGACGCGCGACGAGCAGCAGCUGAGGCAUUGGGCAGGUUAGGUGCAGCAGCUGCAGUAGGUGACCUGCAGACGGCCCUCAGACACUGGGAUGCGGACGUGCGACGAGCAGCAGCUGAGGCAUUGGGCAGGUUAGGUGCAGCAGCAGAGCCUGCAGUAGGUGACCUGCAGACGGCCCUCAGAGACCGGGAUAAAGACGUGCGACGAGCAGCAGCUGAGGCAUUGGGCAGGUUAGGUGCAGCAGCAGAGCCUGCAGUAGGUGACCUGCAGAGGGCUCUCAGAGACGGGGAUGAGGGCGUGCGAGGAGCAGCAGCUGAGGCAUUGGGCAGGUUAGGUGCAGCAGCAGAGCCUGCAGUAGGUGACCUGCAGAGGGCUCUCAGAGACAGGGGUUGGCGUGUGCGACGAGCAGCAGCUGGUGCGCUGGCCUUACUGGAUGGGAGCGUCCAUGCACUGAUCGCCAGUGACAACCACGGGUUAGUCCAUCGGCUCGGGGAAGCUGCACUGCAGCAAGCGUGUGAGGCUUUCCCAGUGGAAAUGCCAUGUUUCGCAGACUUUGUGCGCAGCUUGCAGGGGCUCCUCGCCCCGGCCACCUGUGAUCCGUUCGUCGCAGAGAUGGCGUGGGAGUGGCGCGCUCUUUUGGUCCUGCCCUCACCUUGGACCCUGGUGUCUGCGGCAGUCGCAUUCAUCGUUACCUCCACGAGGCCUUCUUUGGCAGAGCUGCUGGCCCAGCCGCAUUGCAUCGUCCGGUGCCAUAGCGACAUCCACCAAGGCUGCAAGCUCUGGACAUGGAAGCUGCCUGCACGUAUCAGGCGGCACCACAGCUGGGACUCUUGGAAAAACUGGCGGAAGUGGUGGCUGGUCACCCACCUGGCAAGGUGCUGCAGUCUGCGUUCCUGGGAGGCCUUACGCAAUUGGCUCUCUGCCUUCCGGGAGCGACAGACCUUUAUCCAAGUCCUGCAAGCACAGGAUGUCGAGCGCUUGCAAGCCGCUGCCCAGCUCUACCACUAUGCCACGCGUCUCGAGGCGGUGCAGAAGCCGGAUUUUUUCGAUCCAGCCGUGCUGGCGGUCUUCCGACACCUCGGCAUUUCUGUCUUGCCGGCCAAGUCCCAGGACGGAGAGCCAUCAGGAGGUCUGCAGUUCGUAUCAUCUGAUGUGCUCCGCCCGCUGCUGGUGAAUGUCGCUGCCAUGGAAGAGGCGGCCUUCCAAGCGCUCGAUGUGACGUCCUACGACAAAUCACCACCGGUUCCUGUUCUGCGGCCCGGUUGGCCCCUCAUUGAUGCAGCCACGGUCUCGCUGCACAUCGUUCUGCUCAUCCUGAUGGCAUUCUGGCCUUUGGCUCUGCUCUGCAUUUCUGAGGUCUCCGCAGCACCGUUCCUGGGCCGCUCUCCCAUGGAUGGCCUCACCAUGUCCCACUUCAACGUGCGUUUCCCACAGCUGUCGAGCGUGCUGCUGAGGACAAGCCCGGUGCCUCGCCACAGAGUGAGUAGAGACGGUAGAGGUUACCCAUGA